AUGGCGGCUAAAUGGCGAGCCUUCAAACUCUGCUUUUUAAUCUUAUUAUGUGCAACGUUGUUUCAACAGUUUUGGACGGAUGCCGCGACAAUAGAGUGGGAUGAAAACGGAUACAUUCUAUAUUGUCCAUGCAUGGGUCGAUUCGGUAAUCAGGCGGACCACUUUCUCGGGUCGUUGGCCUUUGCUAAACUGCUGAAUCGAACUCUUGCUGUCCCCCCCUGGAUUGUUUACCGACACCACGCUCCACCAUACACCAAUGUCCACGUGUCAUAUAGUGAGUACUUCCAGCUAGAGCCCCUGAGGGCCUACCACAGGAUAGUGAGCCUGGAGGAGUUUAUGGAGAAACUGGCACCAAAGCAUUGGCCUCCUGGCCAGAGGGUGGCGUAUUGCUUUGAGUCGGCCGCUCAGCGCAGCCCUGACCGGAAGACCUGCCCAAUGAAGGAUGGAAACCCAUUUGGUCCUUUUUGGGAUCACAUUGGUGUGGAGUUUGACAAGUCUGUGUUGUUUGGAGGCAUGUCAUUCAGUCCUUAUUCCCAGGCUCACUGGAUUAAAAGGUUCCCUGCCUCGGAGCACCCAGUGCUGGCCCUGCCUGGCGCCCCGGCCCAGUUCCCGGUGCUGGAGGAGCACGUGGGCCUGCAGAGAUACGUGGUGUGGUCUGACAGUCUGGCACAGGAGGGAGACGGACUCAUCUCCGCACAUCUAACCAGGCCUUACGUCGGCAUUCACCUCAGGAUUGGCUCUGACUGGCACAACGCCUGUAAGCUGCUCCAGAAUGGAGAGGCUGGCCCCCACCUUAUGGCCAGUCCCCAGUGCGUGGGCUACGACCGCCAGACCGCCUCGCCCCUGACCAUGACCAUGUGUCUGCCGGACCUGGCCGAGAUCAAGCGGGCGCUCAAGCUUUGGGUGAAGAAGGUGGCUGCCCAGUCCAUAUACAUAGCCACCGACAGUGAAUCAUACAGCGCAGAGCUGAAGAAGACCUUUAAGAAUAUGAAGGUGGUGAGUCUGCGUCCAGACACGGCUCAGGUGGACCUCUACAUCCUGGGCCAAGCUGACCACUUCAUCGGGAACUGCGUCUCGUCGUUUUCCGCCUUCGUCAAACGAGAACGGGACAUUCACGGCAAACCCUCGUCAUUCUUUGGCAUGGACUACCCAGGGAAAAGAAGAAGGAAAAAGGAUGAAUUUUGAACAUGAACGCACAUUCUCUCCCAGAAGCAAUAAUAAGACAAUGUGCAUAGGACUGAGGCAUACCAGAGGAAGGAUAUCAGGGAGACCAAUUAAGAAGUCGAUGUACUGUAAGAACAAACAACUGCAACAAGCACAGCUUUUCUCUCCAAGCUGGUGUGGCGGUAGCACGCAAACAUGUCCAAAGUCCAUUUAUUUGUCUGUGUCCAUUUUGUGUCCACUUAAUAAGACCAAUUAUUUGCACAGACAGACAGGAGCUGUGUAGGCACUUCAUCUCAAUAUGGUUUGUUUGUUUGUUUCAGCUUGGCUGCCACGUUCUCACCUUCCCCUGUUUAUGAAAAUCUAAGGUAGCUUGAAAAGAUACACGGUCCAACUCAAUAUCUAACCUCCCGUCCUCUCCUUUUGUUUGUGGCCUUGUCAUGCAAGGCAAGACGUCAUUGACAUUAUACGUCUCAUUCAAUGUCUCACAAGCGGACAAUUCUAAGGUCUUAUUUUUUAACCUCUUCAAGGAGGUUAUGUUUUCUGUCGCGUUGGUUUGUUUUUCUGUAGGAUAACUCAAUUUUUUAUGCACAUAUUUUGAUGAAAUUGUGGAAUUCGUGGAGUUGUUCCUUUUGUAAUUUCCAACAAUUGAUUGCAUUUUGGCGGCUCCGGAUCCAGGAUAUUUUUGUUGAAAUAUUCUUCACCAUUGCAGGAUAGGGUGGGAGUUUAGAUAUUUAGUUCUACUCACUAAAUGGUGUUAUUCCAUAGUGGUUCUUUCUGAGCUCAGAGAUAAGAGAUCAGCAGCAUGCAUACAUAGGUUUUCUAAGUCAUGGUUGAAGAUCAUUCUGACACAUGGUAUUGGACCUGUGAGGUUAAUGUCCAAUGUAUAAGAUCCAAAUGUAAUAGGGCUCAUAGACGACAGAAAUGCCUUUUGCCAGGGGGUGUUUAGAGGGUGAAGUUAUAAGGGAUGUUGCACUCUCCUCAGGAGUGGAAACUGAGCCACAGGGAGAGGGAUAACUGAUCCUGCUCAGCCUAAUUAUAGAGGUUGAUGAUACUGCCUCUAUUGCAGGCUUUUACAUUUAGCCGCGGAGUUGUUAAAGAAAAGCAUGUCUAUUUUUAAUUAAAUACCAUUUUAGAAUGA